AUGGCAGCGGCAUCCGAUCCCCGAUCCUCCUCCAUGCAAUCUCUCCUCCCCACCGAAUCCAACCGACACGACGGAACGCGGAGGAAACUGCUGUUGAUCUUCAUCCACGGCUUCAUGGGCGACGAGAGCAGCUUCCGCUCCUUUCCCGCCCACGUUCACAACCUCCUCACAAUCCUCCUCGCCGAUACGCACGUCGUCUACACAAAGAUCUACCCGCGCUAUCGCUCGCGACGCAACAUCAUCUUCGCAAGAGACGAUUUCAGUAAAUGGCUGGAACCGCACGAAGGCGCCAGUGUCGAUGUUGUGCUUCUAGGCCACAGCAUGGGCGGGCUGUUGAGUGCAGAAGUGGUGCUGAUGCCUUCCGCUCUUGAAAAUGCUCCCCCCUUGAAGCACCGCGUCCUCGGCACCGUCAACUUCGACGUGCCGUUCUUGGGCAUGCAUCCGGGUGUGAUCAAGAGUGGAUUGGGCAGCAUCUUCCACUCCGCCAAUCUCGAAGAUCAAUGGUCUCCAGAGCUCGGCGCGUCGACCCCUCAUGACGCUGGAUCCAUGUCGUCCGCCUCUUCUCUGAAUCUUGGCCCUCCCGACCGUACCGAUACCCUUUGGCACAAGCCUGAUCCCAACUUCAAUCAAGCGUUCAACAACGACGUCGUCCUGCCCGUGAGGAAAGGCUGGCGAAACGCACUCCACUUCGUCCACAAACACUCCUCCAACAUCAACGAACUCACAAAAGCCACCAAGCAGCUCGUCACCUCCCACCUCGAAUUCGGCGGUGCAAUGGCCAACUACUCCGAGCUCAAGACACGGUAUACCCGACUCAGAACACUAGACGAAACGAAUGGUGUCCUGCGGAAAUCCGUAACGAAGAGUGCACAACUUCCUGCUCGAGUCCGCUUUGUAAAUUACUACACCGUAAGCACCGGCCGCGUAACAAAAGCCAAAACACCACAGCGGUCUCCCUCUCGCAGUCCAGAUAGAGCGAAAUCCCCCUCAUCCACCCCUCACGACGAUUCACGAAGCCAACAAAACCCCAACACCCUCUCCCGCUCAACAAGCACAGAACAAGUAGAAGACUGGCAAAGCGCCGCCGAAUCCCUCACAAUAGGCGAACCAAACACCACCACCACCAACAAUCCUCAACCAGUCCUCGCAAUCGCAGUCGAAGCACCCCUCCCCUCGCCCCCACCCCCUCUAAACAUCUCCUACAUCCAAGACCCCACCACCCGCAAACUCGUGACGGAAGAGCACGAGCGCGCGGUAAAAGCGUACGAAGAAGCCCUCCAAGUGCGGCAGAGUCAACGGCAAGAAGAGGGCGAGACAUCAGCGGCGCGCCUAACGCCCACACCAUCAUCCACCUCCCUCACACCAACACCCACCACAUCCGAACCCCAACCAAAGAAACCGCCCCGCGAACGCACCUUUUGCGCCCUCCCGCCCAAAAGCGCCAAUAACACCCUCGACGCAACGUGGGUGCGCAUCUUCAUGGAGAAUGUGGAUGAAGUGGGCGCGCAUUGCGGCUUGUUCUUUGUGGAUGAGCGGUAUGAGCGGUUGGUGGGGGAUGUGGCGGAGAGGGUGGAGGGUUGGGUUAAAGAGGGGGGUCAUGUGGGGAUGGAUUUGCAUGGGGGCGAGCGGUGGGGGGAGAGUUUGGAUUAA